CUAGUCUCUGGUCCAUAAUUAUCAGUAGUUUCCAGAAAUUAAUACCAUGACUUGUCGUACAUACAGAAGUAGAAGAAAAGGACCAAAGCAUCAAGGUUUCGAGGCCACCCAGAUUGGGAAACUCCACACGUACAACAGAUACAGAGAUGAGUGGCAGUGAGAAUCUAACCUCGUUAAGCUCCGAGUUGGACUUGGAUCGACCCAACCUCGAGGACUACCUCCCUUCCGGAUCCUCCAUCCAAGAGCCUCACGGCAAGCUCCGCCUGCGUGAUUUGCUUGACAUUUCCCCUGCCUUAACUGAGGCUGCUGGUGCCAUUGUCGAUGAUUCAUUCACACGAUGUUUCAAGUCGAAUCCGCCAGAGCCAUGGAACUGGAAUGCGUAUUUGUUUCCGCUCUGGUGUUGCGGGGUCGUAGUUCGAUAUUUGAUCCUAUUCCCUUGGAGGGUUAUAGUACUAACAGUGGGAUGGAUAAUAUUCCUGUCGUCUUUUAUUCCGGUGCAUUUUCUGCUCAAAGGUCAUGACAGUUUGAGGAAAAAGCUCAAGAGGUUUUUGGCGGAAUUAAUAUGCAGCUUCUUCGUGGCGUCAUGGACUGGGGUGGUAAAAUACCAUGGGCCACGGCCUAGCUUGCGGCCUAAGCAGGUUUUUGUAGUCAAUCAUACUUCCAUGAUCGAUUUCAUUAUCUUAGAGCAGAUGACUGCAUUUGCUGUUAUUAUGCAGAAGCAUCCUGGAUGGGUUGGACUCUUGCAAAAGACCAUAUUGGAGAGUGAAGGAUGUAUCUGGUUCAAUCGUGCAGAGGCAAAGGAUCGCGAAAUAGUAGCAAGGAAGUUGAGGGAACACGUCCAGGGAACUGACAAUAACCCUCUUCUAAUAUUUCCAGAGGGAACUUGUGUAAAUAAUCACUAUACAGUUAUGUUCAAGAAGGGUGCAUUUGAACUUGGCUGCACUGUUUGUCCAAUUGCAAUUAAGUACAACAAAAUAUUUGUUGAUGCUUUUUGGAACAGCCGGAAGCAAUCCUUCACGAUGCAUCUACUGCAGCUCAUGACAUCCUGGGCUGUUGUUUGUGAUGUUUGGUACCUGGAGCCCCAAAAUCUGAAACCCGGAGAGACACCCAUUGAGUUUGCAGAGAGGGUAAGGGACAUAAUCUCUGUUAGAGCAGGGCUCAAAAAGGUUCCUUGGGAUGGAUAUCUAAAGUAUUCUCGCCCUAGCCCAAAACAUAGAGAACAGAAGCAACAGAGCUUUGCUGAGUCAAUGUUGCGGCGUUUGGAGGAGAAAUGA